CGUCCGCUACUGCAUCAUCAGCAGUAGUCAGAGAGUUUGAACAUGGCGUGGCGGACAGCAUGGGCCGCAGUGCUGGUCUGCAUGUUCUUCGAACUUUCCCUCUUGGACUGGGUCGUGUGUUCUGAUCUUGGAAUUAUUACGAACUGCCCAGAGAACUGUGUGUGUAAAAUACAGACAUUUGGCAUCGAGGUGGGCUGUCAGAGAAAAAAUUUGACAUCGGUUCCUAUGGAUUUAAGCCCUAACACAACCCAACUAGACCUGAGUAUGAACAAUAUAAGUCAGCUGCCCGAGUAUGCGUUUGCCUCCUUACCUCACCUUCAAGAGCUGCUGCUUGUAGGAAAUCAGUUAAAAAAUUUACCUCCAAAAGUUUUUUCAGGACUUCACAGUCUCAAAAUUCUAUAUUUAACAGGUAAUCAAUUUAAAGUAGUCCCAAGUCAAGCCUUAAAAUGUCUGGGUUCUGUGGAACAGUUGCACCUAGACACAAAUCAUAUAGAUACAGUACCCGAUGAUAGCUUUGAAGAUAUGCAUAGCCUAAAGCACCUGUGGCUUAACGGGAACAAGUUAAAAACAGUACCUGUAUCUGCAGUGGGGCUUGCUUCAGAUUUGGAAGUCUUAUGGCUCUCGGUGAAUCAGAUAACCGUUGUCCCGGACUACGCUUUUUACAACAACACCAGACUGGCUGUUUUACUUUUACACGAUAAUUAUAUCCGAGAAGUUGGAGACCAUGCCUUUGAGGGACUGGAGGGAUUACGAGUGCUAGAAAUCAACAAGAAUGAGCUGACCCAGGUCCCUGUAGCAUUGUACAGCCUGACUGAACUAAAUGAUUUAACCUUGGCAGAUAACCAGAUUGAGUAUUUACCGGAUGAGUGUUUCAGUGGCAACCAGAAUUUGGUAUAUCUACAGCUCAAGGGAAAUCCAAUCACUUCUGUGGGACCCAAGGCUUUUUCCAACUUACCCCAUCUGGAAAAACUAAUCCUCUCUGAGGCCCGUGACCAGGAAGUCUUCCCAGACCUAACAGGCUCCGAAAGUAUCAAGAUUCUGGGGUUUGAUCGUGCCAGCAUUGAAGCAAUCCCACCUGACAUCUGCCUCAUACUCCCAAAGCUGCAAAGCUUUGACAUCCAUUCAAACCGCAUCUUAGACAUCCCAGAUUUAUCUGAAUGUAGAGAACUCCGGAUAUUAAAUCUUGGGAACAACAAGUUAACAUCCCUGGAGGGUGAACCAUUCUUGGGCCUGUCUCAGCUGAGGGACCUGACUCUGUCUCAUAACUACAUUACCCACAUCCCUGAACACGCCUUCUCGGGUCUGGACAGACUGCAGUACCUAGAUUUGUUACACAACAAGAUAAAGAGCAUUCAUCCAAAAGCAUUCAAGUCCCUGAGCCUUCUGGAUGACCUCAAUCUUGGCGAAAAUGAUUUUCCCGAGUUGCCAACAGAGGGUUUGUCUAACCUUAAACAUCUCAAAACGUACCACAACAAGGAGCUACAGGAUUUUCCCGCCCCAGAAGUUUUCCCCAAAAUUCGUUUUCUCACUCUCUCCUACGCGUAUCAUUGCUGUGAGUUUAUUGAGAGUCCAGAAGAGGCUAUGGAAGAGGAGAUUGAGCUGCGUGAGGACAUCCAGUGGUUGAGGUACAAUGAGUACGACAGCAGCCUCCUUCACAACCUCACCAAUAUACUGGCUCCACUCGACAACCUGAGUAUCAGUGAGGAAGACCUUGUGCAUACCCUGUAUGAAGGAUUCGGCACGGACUAUGACUACGAGAUUCCCACUGUUGCAGAAGAAUACUUCGAGGAUUACAAACCUCAAAACUACGCUGAGGACAUCGUCUUACCUAAACCUCCAAUAGAAUGCAAGCCUCUGCCAGGCCCGUUUAUGCCUUGUGUGGACUUGUUCGGCUGCUGGCUGCUCCGCUGUGGCGUCUGGCUUGUCUUCCUUCUCUCCGUCCUUGGAAAUGGUGUGGUUCUCUUUGUCUCGGUCAGCAGCCGCUCCAAGAUGGACGUGCCGCGCUUCCUCAUCUGUAAUCUGGCUUGUGCAGACUUCUGUAUGGGGAUUUACCUGGGCUUCCUGGCCAUUGUGGAUGCGUCCACGUUAGGGGAGUUCAAGAAGCACGCGAUAAAGUGGCAGACCAGUCCUGGAUGUCUAAUAGCAGGAUUCCUGGGAGUGCUGUCCAGCGAGCUGAGUGUGUUCACCCUGACAGUGAUCACCCUUGAGCGUUUCUACGCCAUCACCCACGCCAUGCAGCUCAACAAACGCCUCUCCCUGAAGCGAGCAGGUUAUAUCAUGAUUGGUGGAUGGAUGUUUGCCAUCAUGGUGGCCACUCUUCCUCUGUUUGGAAUCAGCGACUACCGGAAGUUUGCAGUUUGCCUACCUUUUGAAAUUGGGGAUACAGCAUCUUUGGGUUAUGUGUGCUUCAUAAUGCUGUUCAAUGGGAUUUCGUUUUCUGUGAUAGUCAGCUGCUAUAUGAAGAUGUACUGUUCUAUACGAGGCUCUCAUGCCUGGAAUUCCAACGACUCGCGUGUUGCCAAAAGAAUGGCCUUACUUGUUUUCACAGACUUUGCCUGCUGGGCUCCAAUCACAUUCUUUUCAUUAACUGCAGCAUUUGGCAAGGAACUCAUUUCCUUGGACGAUGCGAAAAUUUUUACCAUUUUCGUUUUGCCUUUGAACAGCUGUGCUAAUCCAUUUUUGUAUGCAAUUUUAACGAAACAGUUCAAGAAGGAUUGCGUUAAGUUAUGCAAGCGUUUGGAAGAAACCGGUGUGUCGCGACGCCUCACAAGAAUAAGCAACAGGAAUGGUUCGACUUGGUCAUCUUCCAGGCGGCCAUCAGGAGCCAAUAGCUUCUUCAACGUGGAGAAAAGGGAAAGUAACUCGGUCAGUGGUGGCCUCAUUAAUUACAACGUAGACUUAAACAACUCUGGGCAGAGCCGGACAGCAACAACGUGGGCCUCCAAUGGUAUGGGCUCAAGUCGAGGGAAAGGUGUGGGCAGCAGCAGAAGCAGUGGUGGGGGGAGUGGAGGGAGUGGGGGGGUGCAGGGGAAAGUCUCCACCCUUAGACAGUGUAAUGUGUGUAUGCACGUGAUCAAGGAGAGCCACACAACCCCAGCCGAAGAGGAAAUGCUCGAAGAGCUCCACAAUAGUGUGGUGGAGGUAGAGCAGAAUGAUCUAGCUGAGCGCAGAGCCCAGGAGCAAAGCGCUCUGAUACGGAGCGAGCGGAGGAGUACAAGCUCUGCCCACCACAGCCAGGAGGCAGAGAGCAGUGCCUCCUCUAGCUCCAGAAGUGCCGUAGCCUGUGCAGAGUUGCAGGAAGGGGAUGCUAAUGACUCGCUGGACAGUGAUAAAGGUAUACCUCUGCUCCCCCUUGAUAGUUCCUCCUCCCCGCGAGACACAGGGAGCAUAGGGAUGGAGCCUGCGCAGAGCAAUGACGUGCAACUAGGGGCAUGUGCUCAGGAAAGCCCCACUCCUCUAGUAUACGACUCCAAGCCUGAUCCUCCCCCUGCAGAAUCGGUGACAAAAGAAAGGCGGUGCCAUUGUCGGUCGGGAGGAUCAAGGACCAGGAAACCCCGCAGUCACGGAGACGGUCAGUCUGGUGGCGGAGAGAGACUGGCCAGUCGUUCCCGAGGCAGUAAAGGCCUAGCUGCUGGCACCGUCACUUUUAAACAGUGCCCUUCCUGUCAGAAGUCAUCACUGUGUCUGUCAGGGGAAGUAAUCCAUGAUGUUCUAAUUUGUGACAGGUCUUUACUACACUAUUCCAAAGAGCUAGGAACUAUUCUAGAAAAGCAGUGCUUGAAAAGUAACACGCCCGCAAACACAUCCAAAAGAAAACAGUUGACAAAGCAACAAAUUUCAAUGUCUGAUUUGAAACAGGAAGCCAACACUGGCUGGCAGCAGGAUCUUCCCUCUAGCGACGCUAAGAAAAGUGCUAAAACUUCAAAGCAUGCAUGUCGGUCAAACAGCUUGGCUGACCUUAGCCACAAAAGUCAGGGAGGAGCCAGCCACACCACAAAUCCCAAGCGCCACAGCGUGACUGCAGAUUAUCUUUAUUGGACAGACGACCUGGAAUUCCGCGACUCGGCAUUUGUGGAGGACGAAAACUUUCAGGCUGACUCAGAAAUCAGCAGCACAUUCUCCAAUGAUGAUAAAAUGGCCAGCAGAAAACAACUGCCUGGCGACACUGCCUGUGAUGAUUUCUCUAAAACGGAGGAGGAAGACUUGAAUAUAAAUGAAAAAACUCACCUCUUGCAAAAGCUGCCUAGAGAAAGGCAGAUGGGUGAUACGAAGAAUGUGGUGGAGUCAGGAGUAGACUCGGGUAACCAAGGACUGACUCUGAGCAGGAGUUUUGACAGGGAAAGUGGUUUCAGCUCUGAUUGCUGA